CAGUCACACCACACUUCUGAACAUAUCACUUACCACCGUCACACCAUGAAGUACUUCGUUUUGGUAGUGUGCGCCGCGGUGGUGGCCGCUAAGCCAGUGGAAGAUGACGUCAUGGGCUCCGUGGUUGGAGUCGUCAAGAACUGUGGUGAAGCAGAUGUCUCCCUGUGCCUUAAGGAAAAAGCACUCAAGUACGCCGAAAAUUUGGCAUCAGCCCGUGAAAUAAGCAUCACCGACGGCAUCACCCUCAUCGGUACCGGUUCUUCCCGUUCAGCCAGGUCCUUCGAGCCCCUCCCAGAGGAGCCCAGGGCUAGGGAGAACCAGGUGGAGUCCAGGCUUCUGGACGCAGCAGCUGAUUUCCUCGAGAACCAUGUCAUCCAACUGCGCAUGCCAAAGAGUACAGUGGAGGAUGUGAAGCGCUCGCUUGAAGAAGGCCGUGGCAAGAAGAAGAAGCUAAAGCAGCUCCUACCCAUCUUCGCUCUGCUCCAACUGAAAAUCCAGUCCCUGAUCCCACUCUUCCUCGGUAUCAUCGCCUUCGCCGCAAUCAAGGGUCUGAUGUUGGCUAAAGCUGCGCUCUUGGCAUCUGCUCUUCUCCUCCUCAAGAAACUGCUCUCGAAGCAAGAGCAUCAUGAGAGUUACGAAGUCGUGGCGCAUCCCCACCACGACGAACACUUCUCGCACCCAAGCCCUCACGGCGGCUGGGGCAGGUCCCAAGACGCCCAAGAAAUGGCAUAUAACGCCUACAACUAAACCUAAGAACAGUCAAAAGAACUAAUUUAUUUUAUUUAUUUAAAUUAUUGUUGAAUGUUAGACUCUGCGUCACCAUUAUUUAUUGUACCUGUUCUGUUUAGUACAAAUAGGUUGAUAGCUUUAAUCGUUUCUUGUUCAUUACCUAGUCACUUCGCUUUUUAUGCUUGUGUAAAUAGCUGUCAUUGAUAUUUAUGCUGUUAUGUUAUCAUAUUGUAUGUAUUCAUUUUCGAUACAUUUGUAUUACGUUUAUAUAUCUUCCUAAUUUUCUCGUAUUACUCAUUAUUAUGUGUAUAGAUUCUUAUAUUUAUGUAUUUCGGUGAUGCUUGUAUAUCUUUCCAUCCUACACUUUCCAUUUCAGAUCACCUGAGCCAUAUUUAAUUUAUUUACGCUAGAUAACAUUCAAAGAU